AUGCUCGCAGCUGCAGUCCCGCUUGUCGCGUUGUUCGCGACCUCUGUGCUCGCGCAGGGAGGAUCGAUUCCAGGUCUGCCACAGUGCGCGCAGGGCUGCGUGACGGACUAUGGAGGCUGCAACCAAGUGGACGUUGAGUGCAUUUGCACAAACAAACCUCUGCUCGAGAAGUUAUCGUGCUGCGUGAGCCAGAACUGCGACGAAGCUGCAACUGAAGAUGUGAUCAGCUUCGCCAAUUCUCUGUGUGGCAGCUACGGCGUCAAGACGCUCCCGACUGCCGCAACUUGUGCUUCGACCGCCGCAUCUCCAACAGCAACCCCUUCUGGCACCCACACUGGCACCGCAACCAUGUCUAUGACAAAGGCACCAAGCGGUACCGAAGCCGCGUCUUCGCCCUCUGGCACACGCACUACCAAGGCAGCUGGCAGCGAAACGACCGCCGCUGCAUCUGCCACCGAGUCUGCGUUCGCCGUCAAGAGCUACCAGGCAGAGGGCCUUGGUCUUGGUAUGGCCGUGCUUGGUCUCCUGGCUGCGUUGUAG